AUGAUUCGGGAUGCCCAUGAGUCUACCGCUCUUGACCUGUCUCCGUGCGUGAACCUUCGCACUUUGGAAAUUGGUUGUGUCGAUCUCCAGUCUUCGAGCGUGGACGAAAGAGAAUUGGGCUCAGAAACAUUUGUCACCAAUAUCUUACGAACAGUCGCUUCCGACAAUGUCGAGUAUCUCAAAAUUGUGCUUGCCAUCUCGGGCUAUGAGGAUGCGCAUGUCCAAAUCCAUGCGUUUGACUGGAGGGGAUUAAUUUCGAUUCUUGAGCGGAGCCAGUUUCAGGAUAUAUUAGUUGAGAUUUCGGUUUCGGGUUACGAAACUGAUGUUGAAGACGCAAUAUCCGAGAUCGUCCGGUUCUUCCUCGCAAUCUGUCUUAUCUUUACAGUGGUCACUACCAUCCACGCCUUCCCGACGACUUCAUCCCUUCACGGUCCUACGGCUCGAUCGCCCACUGUAUUCCGUGGUCGCUCUUACAAAAACCCUCGUCAAGACUUUGACACCUGUCCACGCGACAUUCUUUUCAACAAGGCGAGUGGCCUGAGACGUGCACAGCGAUUCAAAGCAACCCAGAAGAUGCGUGACGAGGUGCUUCUUCGCGCUGUUGCGAGAGAUGAAGGAACGCAUAUCGUUUUGGCGGAUGAACAUGUUUCGACAUCGUCGACAGUGAGUGUUCUUCUUCCGCUAUCGCGUAUCGACUGA